UUUAUUAUUAUUUUUUUUUAUUAUUAUUCCUACCGCUGUUGCUAGCCUCGCACGGUUGCUGCCGGGGAUUUUCCCCCCUCCCCGCCCUCCGGCCCCUCUUUUGUCGUCUCCCAACCUGCGAGCGCAUCCCCCCCCCGCAGCACUGAGACCCCAGCAGAGCCCCCCGACCUCGGGGCUCCCGGCUCCUGCCCUUUCUUUCCCCCCCCGUCUCCUCCAGCCCAGGCAAGGCACAUGUUAAUACCACCCGGCGCUCUCCUUUUCUGCUACUGCUGCUGCGGGCUCCUCCGUCCGAGACAGAUGUUGCGAAACCAAGGCCUCCUCAAGUGCCGCUGCCGCAUGCUCUUCAAUGACCUGAAGGUCUUCCUGCUGCGGAGACCCCCCGCCCCUCCGCCGCCCUCGCCGCCGCCGCCGCUCCCCAUGCCCGGCGGCGCAGAGGCGGGGGCCGGCGGCACCGCUCCGCCCGGGGGGCGCGGGGCCGGCUGGCGGGGGGCGGCGGGCAGCCCGGGAGCCGAGGAGUGGGGGAGCCCCGCCGGGGAGCCCCCGGCCUCCCUGCCCAGCAGCACCUCUUCGGAUGACUUCGGCAAGGGCAAGGCCGAGGACCGCUACUCGCUGGGCAGCAGCGUCGACAGCGGCAUCCGCACCCCGCUCUGUAGGAUCUGCUUCCAGGGGCCCGAGCAGGGGGAGUUGCUGAGCCCGUGUCGAUGCGACGGAUCGGUGAAAUGCACGCACCAGCCAUGUCUGAUCAAAUGGAUUAGUGAGAGAGGCUGCUGGAGCUGCGAGCUGUGUUACUACAAGUAUCACGUCAUUGCCAUAAGCACAAAGAACCCUCUGCAGUGGCAAGCCAUCUCUCUGACGGUCAUUGAGAAGGUUCAGAUAGCAGCGGCCAUCCUGGGUUCCCUCUUCCUCAUCGCCAGUAUCUCGUGGCUCAUCUGGUCGACCUUCAGUCCUUCAGCCAAAUGGCAGCGCCAGGACCUGCUCUUCCAGAUCUGCUAUGGAAUGUACGGCUUCAUGGACAUUGUCUGUAUAGGUCUAAUAAUACACGAAGGGCCCUCGGUUUACCGGAUUUUUAAACGGUGGCAGGCGGUCAAUCAGCAGUGGAAAGUGCUGAACUAUGACAAAACAAAGGACAUGGAGGAGCAAAAAACAGGGACCAGGACAAAUCAGCGCCCCUCCUCCCAAACCACCCACUCGUCCUCCACUGGUGGUACAGCCACUAACUCCGCUCCAGCCGACAGCGGGGCCCGGGCUGCCGGCCAAGCCACAGGCACCCUCUCUGACCACCACUGUGCUUACACCAUCCUGCAUAUACUCAGCCACCUGAGGCCUCACGAACAGAGGAGUCAGUCUAGUAGUAACAGAGAGCUCGUCAUGAGGGUCACGACGGUCUGAGCCGAGGAAUUCAGGAGGCCUUAACACGGAGCGGAGGAGACAAAGAACUCAUAACGCAGAGGAGCAUGGUGUGCCUUUUUCUUUCUCUUCCUUUUUUUUUUUUUCUUUCUUCUUCUUCUUCUGUUCCUUCUUUUUUUUUUCGGUAACUGCACAAGAUAUAAGAGGCGGCACCUGGCCAGCUGAGGAAAAAGCAGGUGGAGGGAAAGCUGCACACUCAUGCUAAAGAGGUUAAUGUUUUCCAGCCAGUUUAAAAAAAAAUACAAAAACAAAACAAACAAA